AUGGCAUAUAUAUGGCUGGAUAACCGUGAUUUAGAUGUGACUGCAACAGAAAUCGCUCAGCGUCAAGAUGAAAGUGACCAAUCAAGAAAAAAAUUAGUAGAAUUAAGUCGAGAAUUCAAAAAGAACACGAAUGAGAAACAAAUUGUUUAUUCUGAUUUUUUAAGUUUAUCAUCGAUAAUAGUCUUUGGAGAUUGGGUAUCAUUAAAUAUUGACAUGAUACCAAAUGGAGAUAGUAAAUCACCGUUAUUUCCUUGGAGAUUACUGACACUAAAUCGAUAG